UUUCUGAUUGGUCUAGAGACGUUAACUCCUUUACGGCAGCGCACCGCCUCUCCUCCUCCUACCAGAACACACGAACAUGGAGACAGCUGGAAAAAUCAUCAAGUGCAAGGCGGCUGUUGCUUGGGAAGCUGGCAAGCCUCUCUCCAUUGAGGAGGUGGAGGUUGCUCCACCCAAAGCCCAUGAAGUCCGCAUCAAGCUCUUCGCCACCGGAGUGUGCCAUACAGACGCCUACACCCUGAGCGGCAGUGACCCAGAGGGACUCUUCCCCGUCAUCUUGGGCCAUGAAGGUGCUGGCACAGUGGAGAGCGUUGGCGAGGGUGUCACCAAAUUCAAGCCCGGUGAUGCCGUCAUCCCGUUGUAUGUGCCACAGUGUGGGGAAUGCAAAUUCUGCAAAAAUCCCAAGACCAACCUUUGCCAGAAAAUUAGAGUGACCCAGGGCCGGGGCCUGCUGCCCGACAGCACCACUCGCUUCACUUGCAAGGGAAAGCCAGUGUUCCACUUCAUGGGAACCAGCACCUUCUCGGAGUACACCGUGGUGGCUGACAUCUCUCUGGCAAAGGUCAACCAGGAGGCUCGGCUGGAUCGAGUGUGCCUGCUCGGCUGUGGAAUUUCCACGGGCUACGGCGCCGCUCUGAACACCGCCAAGGUUGAGCCCGGUUCUACGUGCGCCGUGUUCGGCCUCGGCGCCAUCGGCCUGGCUGUCAUUAUGGGCUGCAAGUUUGCUGGCGCCACCAGGAUCAUCGGCGUGGACAUCAACGCCGACAAGUUUCAGAAAGCCAAGGAGUUUGGAGGCACCGAGUUCGUGAACCCGAAGGACCACAGCAAGCCCAUCCAGGAGGUCCUGGUGGAGAUGACAGACGGCGGCGUGGACUAUUCUUUUGAGUGCAUUGGAAAUGUGCAAACCAUGAGAGCCGCUCUGGAGGCGUGCCACAAAGGAUGGGGAGAGAGCGUCAUCAUCGGCGUAGCCGGAGCCGGGCAGGAGAUCUCCACCAGGCCGUUCCAGCUGGUGACGGGCCGCGUGUGGAAGGGCACAGCCUUCGGAGGAUGGAAGAGCGUGGAGAGCGUUCCUAAACUGGUGGAGGACUACAUGAACAAGAAGCUGAAGGUGGACGAGUUUGUGACCCACACGCUGCCCUUUGAGAAGAUCAACGAGGGAUUCGACCUCAUGCACGCCGGGAAGAGUAUCCGCACAGUGCUGACCUUCUGAGGUGCCUCAAAGCUGCACCUCCACAUGCGGCCUUCCAACCAUUUCCUUCCAGACUCACAGCACUUAAUGUCAUUCUCUGCACUUGUUUAGUUGACAGAACUUUAAGGAUUAAAACAUUUCAUUAACAUCUGAA